CCCAACCUUGGACUCUUCUCACACCACAGGUGUGCAGCGGGAGUCGAGUGGACCGUGAGUCCACGCGUAAAAGAGAGGUCCCAAUUUCCACUUGGUGGCUGUCUCUUCGUGCUCAGGCGAACAGCAAGAAUGCUUAUUCCUAAGAAGAACCGCAGGGAGGUUUACAAGUACCUCUUCAAAGAGGGUGUCCUUCAGGCGGAGAAGGACUUCAACCUCAAGGAGCACCCGGAGAUUCCCGGUGUGCCCAACCUGCAGGUCAUCAAGCUCAUGCAGAGCUUCAAGUCCAAGGAGCUGGUGACCGAGCGCUUCUCCUGGAGGCACUACUACUGGUUCCUGACCAACAAGGGCAUUGAUUACCUGCGGGAGUACCUGAACCUGCCCAGUGAGAUCGUGCCUGCUACCCUCAAGAAGUCGAACCGCCCGCUGGAGCGUGGCCCGCCGAUGCGUGGCGACCGUCCCCCGCGCCGCGAGGGUGGCUUUGGUGGUCGCGAAGGCUACCGCGGUGCGCCCCGUGAGGGUGGUGGUUUCGGCCGCGGCGCUGACAAGGCCGGCGCUCCGGGCUCUUACCAGCCGCAGUUCGGCGGCGGCUUUGGCCGUGGUGGUCCGCAGUAAAGUGCCUCUCGUGGUGCUUCGUAGGUUGCCCUCCGCGUUGUAAUUAACGUCACACCUGG